GACUGAACGUUCCACGCACAGUGUCUCCUGGGCCGCAGACCCGAAUCCGCAGCGAGCUGGGAUCUCCCUCGCCUUGGAGAGAAUGGAGACUCAGGCUGGCUGGCAGAUCAGCCAGCUGAAAAUAAAAAAGAAGUGGAUCUUCCCGGUGUCCUGCAGCUUCUUCUCCCUGCUCUCUGUGCUCAUGACUGGCUGCUUCCUGUGGCAGUAUUUCCUCCCCAAGCUGGCGACUGAUUCCUUGGGACCAGAAGCUACCUCUGCCCCUGUGAGGAUGUGUCCCCAGCACCCUGAGCCUGUGCCCCUGGCACACCCCCUCCCCGUAUUGAAGGAGGCCCUAGAAAAGGUGGACAGGAUCCUCCGUGAGGCACUGUCUGCCCCAGGGCUGGCUGCCAUAUCUGCAGUUGUCGUCCACAAUGACACAGUGCUCUGGACUGGGAACUUUGGGAAGAAGAAUGGCUUAGACCCGGCUUCUGGGCCCCCCAAUGAGUACACCAUGUACCGGAUCUCCAGUGUCUCCAAGAUCUUUCCAGUUCUCAUGCUGUACCGCCUGUGGGAGGAGGGCAUCGUAGCCUCUCUAGAUGACCCUCUGGAGCGGUAUGCCAGCACCUUCACCAUUAACAACCCAUUGGGCAUGGCAUCAGCCCCCGAACAACAGAGCCUGAUGGAUGGGCUGGGGGAGGUGGGCCCAGCCCCAAGGCCUUCUCCUGUCACCCUCCGAAGGAUGGCCAGCCAACUCUCAGGGCUGCCCAGAAGGCUCCGAUCCACCUCGCUGCUAUGGAGGGGCAGCACCCAGGAGGCCCUGAGCCUGCUCCAGGAUGAUGUGCUGGUAGUGGUCCCGGGAACCAGGUGCCAUUACAGCACCCUGGCCUUCUCGCUCCUGGCCCACGUCCUGGCGGCCCACACGGCUCAGGGUGACUACCAGCGCUGGGUCGCGGAGAACGUGCUGGAGCCGCUGGGGAUGGCGGACACCGGCUUCGACCUGACGCCUCCCGUGCGCGCCCGCUUGGCGGCCGGUUUCUACGGCAGCGGGCGGCCGGCCCCGCUCUACGACCUGGGCUGGUACCGCCCGUCGGGCCAGAUGUACUCCACCGCCGCCGACCUGGCCAAGCUGGCCACGCCCCGCAUCGAGGCGCUGGUGCCCCCCGCCUUCCGCACCCUGGCGCUGCGCCACCUGCGUGGGCGCGUCUUCCAGCUGCACGUGGCCCGAGAGUUCCCGUGCGCGCUGCCGCUCGGCGACACCUGGCUCUCCCUGGAGGCCCAGCACGGGCAGCUCGUCAACUUCUACCCGCUGAACCGCCAGGGGCUGUCCCCGGGCUUUGACGUGCCGGGACUAAACACGUACCGGGUGCUGCGGCUGCUGCGCAAGCCCGCCUUCAAGACCCAGUGACCCUG